AUGGCGCAAACGUCGUCCCCCGCCCUCUCGGACCUCAUCUUCCCGACGACCGCCAGCCACAACUUCUCCCACAUCCUGACGGACCUCAAGCGCUCCAACCUCUCCAUCGCGAACCGGCUGCGGUCCAUCACGCAGGACGCCGAGUUCGUGAGAGAGGUUGCCGCGUGCUUUGGCGGGCGGCCCCUCGUCGCCAACGAGCGCUGCGGGAGCUGGUACAUCCGCCCCGAAGACAAGCGGGCGAGCGCCUACUUCAAGAGCACCGACGGCCACACCAACGCCUGGAAGUUUAGCACCCGCCGGCUGAACCUGCACUUGCUCGAGCUCAUCGGGAAGCACGAUGGGUGA